AAAACUUACUAUAUAAUUCAAAAAGCCAAAAAUGAUAGAUUAUGAAAGAUUUUUUGGAUACUAUUUUAACACUAAUUGGUGAUUAUAAUGAUCCUUCAUUAAAUAUACAUGUUGAUUCUUUAAUAUUAAAAUUGGUAAAGAUUCUUUCAAUAGGUAAAAACGAAUUCCGUGUCAAGACGUUAGAACCUUGGAAUAGUGUGAGAUUAACAUUUAAUAUUCCACGAAAUGCAGCUAUAAAACUGAGAAAUAUUGCUUCUUCUCAACAGAGGGAGCAAUUACAAGAAUUGGGAAUUUUGAGUGUGCAAAUUCAAGGUGAUACAAGUUCCAUACCAGUAUGUACAGCUUAUACAAUAUCUAAAGGUGCUGUGAUUAGUGAGGCUACUAAUAAUAAUGUUUGCAUUGCUCAACAUUUGGUUCAAAAUAAAAACACAUAUAAUGAUAUAAAAUAUAACAAUUUUAUAACAACACCUACUAAGUUGAUUACAGAUUCUGACAUAAAUUUUGUUAAAAGGGUAUAUGCACAAGAUUCUAUUAAUUUAGAUAGGAAAAUAGAAUAUGUAACCCAGAAUGUUAGUAAGGGUGUAUUACAAAACUUUCAAUUAGCUGGGCCAUCUCAUCUUCAUGACAAUGCAACAUUUGAAUUGAUUAAGCAUAACCAAAAAUUUCAAAAAUACAAUUCUGUUUUAAAUGAAAAUUCUAAAACCUAUCCUCUGACAAAUAGUACUCAAUCUAGCUUUAAUAGUUAUAAUGAUCAUAAAAUAUUAGAAAAUAUAAAACAACACAAUAUAUAUUCUUCAUCUUAUAUGGGCAAUAUACUAGAUAACAUGAAUGUGGAUAGCAAAUAUAUUAUGGAUACAGUUGUGGAUCUUAGUCAAAUAAAGGAUCUUAAAGAGUUAGAGCCAGCUGAUAUAAUUAAAGAAGUUGGACCAAUUUGCACAAAUUAUUAUGAAAAUUUAGAAUAUGGAGAUAAUACUAAUAUCCAAAAUUUUUGCAAUAUUAAUAACAAUGACAUAAAUUUAUACAUACAGAAUAAUAAAUUAGAAGGCAAUAGGUUUAAUAAUAUUUAUCAAAAUAACUAUAAAAGCAACAAUUUUUCACAAAUACACCCUCUUUAUAAUCGACCAUAUUCAUUCAACCAAAAUACUCCCACAAAAUUAAAUGCUACUUUGAAGGAAAACCUAGAAUUGAAUUACAAGAAUCCUUAUCUUCAUGAUAGGAUUAGAGAUUCACAGUCAUUCUUCCCUGAAAAUAAUUUAUUAAAUUCACAAAACAAUUUUAUCACCGGAGAACCUAAUUUUGAGAGUGACCUAACAAUGCAAAAUACCUUAUUACAUGCAAACAGACAACACCCCAUGAUUCCCUUCCAACCUGUCUUGCUUGACAAAUCACAACCAUUCAAGAGACUUAAGAUGGAUCCAGAUUAUAAAUCUCACCCACCAACAUAUCCUAUCAACAACACCCCCUCAAUAUCUCGAAACUAUUCACCCAAUUUUAAUUCAGCCACAUUUAAGUCAAAUUUUGUGCCAAACAACAACCCGUUUGAUCCCAACAAAUCGUCACAAUUUAAAAAUUACUCCUCUCUGCCCAACAAUCGAUUGUCACUUUAUAACUAUGAUUACCACCAAUAUCGAGAUCACAAUAUUAUCAACCAUCCCAAAUCUGGGCUAAAUCUCCCAAUUGCCCCUUCAAAAAUUCCAUCUUUACCUUCCCCUAAUUUCAGCAGUAAAUCUUUCAAUUAUGGUCAUUCCUCUCCCUCCUUUCACAAUCAAGGAACCUAUUCUACAGCUCCUGACCCUGUUCUGUCUAGUCCUCUCUUAGUUAACCUUUUACAGAAAAACGUUAACAACCACAUUAAUCCUACAAUCUGCUCAGCUCAUUCUCCUUCCCCCUUAUCUAAUUUUUUCCCUCGAAUGAAUAAUAGUAGCAAUAAUUUGUCAGGCACCACAGAUCCCAGACAUGAGUACCUUCCUAAUUAUAAUAAUCAGGCAGUCUCAACUUCAUAUAUCAAACCUUCUUUGCUAGAAAGUUUGAACCAUUUCCAAGCUAGCCUAAAAAAUGCUGCCAAUUAUGAAAUAAUUACACCCACCUGCUCCUCCAUUCUUAAUACCUCUUUUUCUAAUAAUUUUGCUGAUAAUAUCAACCCUAUCAUCACUAAGUCUCUAGUAAAUACACUUGACCCUGAUAUUUACAGUAACUAUGCCAGGAAGCCUGUAACUGAUAAUUAUACCUACGUUUUACAUAAUAAUCCUCUCACUAGCACGUUUAAUAACAACUUUUUCAACAAUCUACCUCUAGGUAGUAAUGCAUUUAACACGUUUAAUAAUAACUCCUUCAAUUCUCCUACCCCUAUAGAUGUCAAUGGCAAUAAUGCCAAUUACAACAAAAUAGACAAUGGACAAUUUUACAGAAUGGAUCAUCAUUCAUUAUCCCCACAUAGCAUGUCAAUGGCGGACAAAGCCACUAUUAUUGAGGCACAUUCCACUUUAAAUUCCAGUAGCCUGGGUGGAAAGAAGCGAAAAAAGAUUAAAAAUUCCUCAACUACAAAUGUUAGUAAUUUUCCCCUCGUGUUAAUUAACUCAAUACCCAGUGAUGGUGCUUCAAAGCUAUCCAGUACACCUCUAAUAUAUUCCACUGGGGCAUCCUUCACAAACUCAAAAUUAUACAACCCCAAUUUUCUCAAACCCAACAUCCCGGAUAAUUCUAAUAUUAUAAAUAACAACAACGUCAAUGCGCAACCUCCUCCAAUGAUCUCAAUUAUCGACCUAUUAUCGCUCCAACCUUCCAAAUCCGUAUCGGAGCUUCUCUCUUAUAAUUCACCCAUUAACCCGGCAAACCAAACCAACGUACUCGUGAACAGUAAUCCUAACCCAACGAUCACCAAUUUCUCUAACCCGCCUUACAGCAUAAACACGAUUACGAAAGAAAAUAAGCAUGGCAAGGGGCUAGCCACGGCCUCAAUAGCUACGUCGCUUUCAAUAACCGAGAUCGUUUCCCGAAAUUUGGCGGCCAUCAAAAACGCCAUGCUGAAAAAUGCUAAAUCAGCCUUGACCCCUAUAUCAUCCUCCUCCCAACUAUCUUCGUUAACGACACCAAUCUCUAAUUGCAACAUUAAUAAUGGCCACCAUUUAGCAAAUGAUGUUGCAUCUCUUCUGAAUACCUCUUCGAGUCAUAAUUCUGUCACAAAUUACUAUGGUGGAUCGGUUAAACAAAACAACAAUAACGGAAACAAAACUGUUACACCUUCGAAAUCGUCCAAUCAUCACAACCCCAAGAAUAAGGGCGCUUCAGGUAAUCUCAAUAAUUACUCUGGCAAUCUCAGUAAUUACCAUCUAACGCCUAUUAAUAGCCACAUUGACGACAUGCACGCGAUCAACGUCAACCUGGGAGAGUUGCAAUUCAUGCAAAAUUCCUCCCACAUUGCUAAUCCAUCGUCCAUCUCUAAAAAUACCGAGCAAUUGAAUUCGCCCAAUAUAAUAAACAAAUCACUUGUGACAUCAAAUCUUCCACAGCCGAUUACUGAAAAAGGCUCUCAGAAAUCAUCAUCGAAAGAAUCUUCAUAUUACAAGAUCAGUAAUAAUCCAUUAGUCAAUGAUGCUUCUACAAAGAUAAUUAACAAUAUGAUCAUGGAAAAACCCCCCACCAGUCACAAAAAGAAGUCGCCUCAUACGAGUACUGAAAAACGGCAUAAAAGGGUAAAACAAAGCCAAAGUUCUAGUAUUAUCUCCAGGAGUAACAGUUAUAGCAGUUACUCUACCCAUAAGGCUUCAUUAGCUGAAAGUAUUAACAUGAACAACAUAUUCGAUAGCGUACUUAUGACUGCUUCUUCUUACCCAUCACAUCCUAAUUUAUUGGUUAACCCUUCAAAAUCUUACAAUCCUAUCACGAACAUCAUUCAAGACAGUUCAACGACACUGGAAACAUGUCACAACACACUCACCUUUGGCGCAAAAAUUGAUGAUACAUCUCUGGACCUAAAUAAGACGACAGAAAUAUAUAAUUACAUCGACAUUGACAGCACCAAUUCCGCUGUCAACCAAACAAUAGUCGGACUCAAGGGGUCCUCAGCCUCCCUCACAGAUCUGUUAAAUGUCAAUAUCACCCCUUGCAAUAGUUUGACCAACAACUCGAACCCGAAUUUACUCAACAAUAACUACAAUGAUCGAAAAAGGGAUGAAAACUAUAAUGGUAAUAAUAUCAACGAUAGCUUAACAUCCCUCGUAGAAAAAGAACCAUUUUAUUUACACUCAUCGCACUCAUUAUACACAUCAACAAACCAUCAUCAAACAUGGUGUGAGCCCUCGCUAUUCAUGAACAACGUUGCACUCGAUAAAUCGCCAUUAGUCAAUCAACAUAAUCACAAUUUCCAUACCAACAGAUUCGCACCUGACAAUUUUUUAGCCUCCCAGCUACCAAGUCAGCCAUCCUAUCACCAAAAUUCUAUAGAAACGAUGGAGUUCAACCCUUACGGAAACGCCUACCCUCCUUCUUACAACUCAUAUAAUACUUAUAACUCCUACCCCUCUGCACAUCAAAAUUAUCAUCAUAAUCCCCCCAUUUCUUCUGGCGGGUUACAACUAAAUAGCUAUUAUAUCAACAAUACCUUCAGCAACUUUAAUAAUUUCCACAAUAAUGCAGCCCCAAUCAACAAUGCCCACUAUUCGAAUAAUCUGAAUAAUGUUAAUAGUCCCAGUCAAUUAUUAACUCACAAUAACAUGAACAACUAUAACAAUAACAGCAAUAGCAACCCGGGGACAGGGGGUGGCUCUAUAUUCGAAGAAGACGAUAACUACCUUAUGACAAUGGAGGAUGGGGCUGGGCUAAUCGACACAGCUGCCACCUUUGUUGACAACGAGGAUAUACAAAUAAUGUCUGAUCGCAAACAACAGCUAAAACAACGUUUAUUUAAUAGUAACGGGCCAGCUGGCAAUAUUGAUAUACACAUUCACAACUCUCAAUCACACCCCUACAUAUACGAUAAAACAUUCGCAACUACAUACUGAGUAAAUUACAUUUAUACUGCAUUAGUUAGAAACAAUGAGAGAUCUACGAUUCAUCUAUGCAAUAAUUACGAAAUCAAUCACUCAUCAUUCAAAAAAGGUGGAUUUUCAAAUUAAUUUUGAGAGAAAAGAAAAACACUCAUAAUAUUCUUCUUAUAUAAUUCGACAAAAUUUUAAUUAAAAAAACACCUUAGUUUACUUUUUGGGUCGCGUGUAUUUAUUUAUAUCCGAAAAUUAUAAUAUUAUGUGACUAAACUUAUAAUGUGAAUAUAUCUUGCUAGCUUUGAUAAUUCAUAAAACAGAAAUAAUCUAAUCAGUGUAUAAAUAUGUAAUUUAGCUUGAUUAAUGCAAAUAAAAAAACGAGAUUUACAUUUUUAUAACACAAACGUAACUAUUAAAAAUGUUUUUUUUUAUAAUGGCCCAUUAUGGUUUGCAAAAAUAUUAGCCUGAGACAAAAUUCCACAGCCCUUAAAAGAUAGUUUUGCUUUAUGUUUACUUAAAACGAGCGAAAUUAAUAAUGGGUUAUAUUAUAAUUCAAAAAAAUCGAGACAUCGAGCUAAUUGCCCUAUAUGUAAAAAUUUUAAAAUCUUGGUGCCGAUUAAAUUUCAUGCAUUCGAUAAUUUCGGUCCACAAGUAGUAUAGUAAUUUAUAAUAUAUCUUAAUAAAAUGAGCUUAUAUUUCUAACGCUAUUACCCACAAAAAAAAGUAUUGACAUAUUUAAAAAAAAUUGCACUCUUA